CCCAAGAAACCAGUAAUCAAUUACGAACGUUCCGCACGCUUAAAUAUUCGUGGAGACAAACAAAGAACGAAACUAGAGAUGAUCCAUAGCAUCAAUCCUCCUUCAUCAGCUGACGACGAUGCAGCAGAAGUCGUGAUCGUUUCACCAGUAAUCUCUACGGACAAGGACAAUACUACUGCAGCUGCUGUCACCUCAGAGGCCUCGAACAUUUCGUCGCCCUCGGCAACGCAAGUAUUAGAAAAAGAAACAGAAACAAAUGAAAACCAUUCAAGCAACAAUGGAACGAACCAAGGAGUUCAAGACAGUAUCAAUAGCUUCGAGGAGGACCCAACGAUGACGACCACAACCAAAACAAAUAACGGAACCAAGAACGAGAAGAAAACAACAAUGCAGACUCAGCAAGAUCAAGAACAACGAAAUGAACAAGUACUGGAAGACACACCGGAAGAAGAUCAAAACGACAAUGCAUCUACUUUACCAAGAGAAGAACUGUCCCAGGAUGAAGAGAAAAGCAAAAGUGUUGCAGAAGAGAUCAAGAGCAAGGAUUUUAUCGAUUCACAGAAAAAUUCAGAUAAAAGUAUUAUGAAGAAAAACGAUGAGCGUAGUAGUGAUGCCGACGUUACGUCGGAUCAAGAAGGAACGAACAAUGGCACAGAGCAAAAAGCGAGUAAUAUCCAGGACGGUGGCGAUAUCGAAUGGCUGAAGCCACGUCCAAAGGAAUCAGACGACAAUUCAAACAAAAGUAAUGACAGUACCGAUAAAGCAAUUGCAAAGCCAUUGAAGAUGCUCAAGAAGGGCGCUGUCGCUGUUGCGGGAGGAACCAUGGUGGGUGUGGGCUUAGUAAUGAUUCCUCUGCCCACCCCCUUUGGUGCUGUGGUUGCUAGUUCUGGGCUGGCAGUAUUGGGAACUGAAUUUGGCGAAGCUAAACAAUUGAACGAUCGAAUCAUUGAUGGUGCCAAGGGACAUUUCAAUAGUGCGAGAGAUAAGAUAGUGGAGGGCAUCGAAAACAUGAACAGCGACGGUGACGACGACGGCGGCGGCGGCCUGGAUGAUCAGUCUGAGAAUGUCAACAAAGAGGGAGAUGGUGGUGCUGUGAUCAAAGUUGAUGCCAGAUCUAUUGCGAACAGCAGUUCUGCAGAUGGGGCCAAGUUUCAAGGGGAUAAAAGAAAGAACAACAACACGAGCAUUGGAAGCAGCGAGAACAAGGACGUCAGCAGUGAGAGUGAGAGUAUCAACACUUCCUCCGAUACUCCCCCAGUAUGGCUUCACAUGAAUCCAAUUGAGCGAGCUCGCCAGAUGAAGUUGGCAAAAGCAAAAUACCGACGAGAAAACCAAUCCCCCUUGUCACAAGCCAAGGAAGCUUUCACCAAAAAAACCGGCAAGUUUUUGUCCAAAAACAUAUUGCCUUUCAUCAAGAAAAAAGAAAAGCCACCACAGGUCGAAGAAGUUGUGGAUUUCACCGGUAAAACGGCUAUUUCAGUGGUAGAAUCGAAAGAACAAAUCAUUAUCAAUGGCACCAGUGAGGUAACUGCCCAAAAUUCUUCCUUUGUCGAAGAGAACAAAGAAGAGCAAAUUCAGCCACCCCAAAUUAAGCAAAUGUAACUCGACGAAUCAUCAUUGCCAAUGGAACUUGGUUAAGCGAAAGGAUCGCAAURUCCACAUGAAUAGGAGGCAAAAGUCCUCAUGCCCGAUACAAUAAUGCCAGGGAGCAUAAUAUCAGCAGUACCUAGAAACAUUUGAUCACGAGGGAAAAUGUCAAAUAAAAAAAUAAGCCAUCC